AUGUGGUUUAUCUGGAACUUUAUCUCGAUAAAUUACGACAUGUAUUACACCAACCUUCGUCCUCACAGCCUGCCCGGCCACAAAUGGCAUGCUCCUUUCAAGCCUUUGGGCCAAUGGGCUGCCAUUGACAACCUGUACGGCGAGCGAGCUUGGAUAGACAACGAUACCGUCCUGGCUGGUGUUACUUCCAUCAGUGGCUUUGAGGCGAUGCUUUGCUUGGUUUACCUUUGGAGUCUAGUUCGGGGUCGCGGGUCGAGUAAAGCGACGAAGACAAAUACUGUCCGCCCAAUGACUACGCACACCGCCGUUAUCGGUUUGAUGGUUGCUGUGGCUCAUUGGACCAAGAUGUGGAUGUAUAUUACCGCGCAGCAAGCUUCCCAACGCUUCUGCGAGCACAGUUCUAUCCCUUCUCGUCUGAUUUGGAUGUUGGUCAACUAUUCAUCUCUUCUCUUCUCUGCGUAUGCGACAGGGGUCUUUACGGGAGUGAUAACAUCGGGCUCCCAGGAUCACGAGGAGACACAGCCACAUCCAACGCCUCCGGCGGAAAAACAGCGUAUUAAAUAA